AUGAUUUUGUUGGAUAGCACACAUUUUAUGGAAAUCCAUAAUGCCAUUAGUUUAAGGAACAUCCAAUGGGAUAACUUGGCCAUGCAACGUGAUAUUAGUGAGACAGAUGUUUCCAUUAUCAAGAAAUUAGAAAAGAUUUUAAUCAAACAUGCAGCAUAUGAGACUCCGAUGCGUAUUGAUGAAAGUAUAAUUUUGCCCAUGAUUCAUUUCUUGAAAAAUAGUAAUGAUGUGGAAGCUAAUAAAUGUGUGAUUAAUCUAUUUACUGAAUUAUUUACUAGUCAAGAAUUAAACUUCAACGGGGAAACGAUUGAAUUUUUCCAAAAAAACCCAACUCAAUUGAAAGAAUUGUUCCAAGUGUCCUUGCAAGGGGAUGAUCAGACUGUUUUGAUUGGUGUUUUCAAUAUAGUUUCAUUGUUGGUGGAACAAGGUUCAUUAUUGAACGUGGAGAUUGUGGAUGGAUUAUUGAAUAGCGAAGCGUUUGUACGUAUCUUGGUGAAUAUCGAACAAAUGGAAACUAGUUAUGUCUGCAUGAGAUUGUUGCAAGAACUUGCUGCGGUCAAGAGUUAUAGAAAAGUGAUUUGGAAACAUCAAACCAAGUUUGUUCCUACUAUAUUCCAAAUAAUCUCUAGAGCAUUGGAUAGUAACAACUCUACCAAGAUCAUUGCUACGAAUUCGAACAAUUUGGGGAUUCAAAUGCAAUACCAUUGCUUGUUGUUGUUAUGGUUAUUGACGUUUGAUAAAUCCAUUGCGUACGAGAUUACACAACAGUACAUUGGUGGGUUCUUGAAUCUUUUGAAAUUGGUGAAUGUUACUAUUAAGGAGAAGAUCUCGAGAGUGUGUAUUUCUAUUAUAUUACAAUGUUGUGAUAAACGUGUGGAGAAUCACAAGCUAUUGAUUAAACAAUUGAUUUUGCUCGGUAAUGGAUUAAACAUUUUGAAUUCGUUGGGUGAGAGAAAGAAAUAUUCGGACGAAGAGUUGAGAGAGGAUAUGGGGGUGUUGAGGGGUAUAUUGGAGGAUGAGUAUAAAGAAUUGACAUCGUUUGAUGAGUAUGUUGCGGAGGUAGACUCGAAAUUGAUGUGUUGGUCACCUCCACAUGUGGAUAAUGGGUUCUGGAGUGACAAUGUGGACAAGUUCAAGAGUGAUAAUUGGAAAUUGUUCAAGAAGUUGAUUAGAUUGCUUGUGGACACUACGAGGAAAGCCGGGGGUGUUAAUGAUAAGGAGAGCAAAGUGGUGAUUGAGGUGUUGUUGAAUGACAUCACACAUGUGAUUCAAUUGUUGCCUGAGAGUAUUGAUGUGUUGAGAGAUGAGAAUUGUAAGAUUGUUAUUAUGGAGUUGUUGACCCAUAGUGAUUCGCGUGUCAAAUAUGAGGCUUUGAAGACUACUCAAGCCAUGAUUGGGUAUACUAUUUGA